GCAGCAGGUUUAAUAUUAACCGAUCCAAUGUAUGGGAUGGAGCAAUCCACGGCUUCAAACGGGCCUCAUUCGAUCCCUCUCAUCAGAUGCAGGUUAAGUUUACUGACGAUGAGGGACAAACUGAGGAUGGAGUGGACACUGGUGGUCCCAAGCGGGAGUUCCUGACCCUCCUUAUGGAAUGCCUGAGAAUGAGAAGAAUAUUUGAUGGUCCACAGGACAGGAAAUUCCUCACGUUCGACAAUGCAGCUGCAAAAGAUGACGAAUACUUUCAUGCUGGGAGGAUGAUUGCAACUUCUAUAGUUCAUGGUGGUCCAGGCCCCCGCUUCCUGUCAGAGACGCUCUACCAGCACCUCACUGGAAUGAAAAACACCAACAUUGAAGCCAUCAUUGAAGACAUUACUGAUGACACUAUGAGAGCUUCCCUGCUUGAGAUAUCCAGCGCAGCUACAUUGGAGGAACUACAUACAUCAAUCGACAGAAAUUCCAGCUUGUUGCAGACUGCAGGUUGCUUGCAGUACCCUGAUGGUGUGGAUGGAAAAACGCAAUCAUAA